AAUGGACAUAGAGUAAUAUUAUAUAUAUAUAUCGACUCAUAUAAGAACUUACGAAUUAUAAUUAUUUUUAAAUAUUAUAUAUUUUUUAGAAGCGCUAGCUCAGAUUACCAUGAUAAGAAAAAGAAAAAAGGUGGAAAGAAUACAUAAAUACGUAUUAAUUAACCAAUGACUGUAUAUUUACUAUAUAACACUCUAGUUUUGUGUUGAAAGACCCAGGAGAGGUAAACCCAAUACAGGCUUUAAAGAGGAGUCAUCAGAAGAAGAAGUAGAACCAUAAUAAGGUAUACAUUUAAUUUUAUAAAAAGAAUCAUCUCAAGAAUAGGAAGAGUCAGUAUUUGAUCCCGAUAUCGAUUAAAUCUUAUGGAGAAGAGAGAAAGAAGAUGGGGAAAUCGAAUUUUAUGUAAAAUAUAAGUCUUAUUCUUAUUUAUGGUGUGAAUGGAAAAGUGAAUAAUAAGUAUAUAAUUCUAAUUAUUAAUAGAUUAUUUCUAAGGAUAAAAAUGGAAAAUAAAAAAUAAAUAGAUUCACUAGAUAAUUUGAAAAGAAAAUAAAAGAGUAUGAUCCUGAUGAAUUGUUAGAAAUGAAUUAUUUUGAUCCAUCAUAUUUAGAAAUUGAUCGAUUGAUUUCUUCAACUGAACUUUUUCCUAUAAUCCAUCCAAAAAAGGCUAAUGAAAUUAAAGGAAAGUGGAAUGAAUAUCUUUCCAUUAUCAUAUCCAAACUUCUAAAUUAUUCUGAAGGUCGUGUAAAAUUUGGAGUUUAUUUCAUGUAACCUGUAAAUCCUGAAACUGAUGGUUGUCCUGAUUAUAGGAAAAUAAUAACAUAACCUAUGGAUUUAGGAACUAUAUACAAUAGAUUAUAUUUGGAAUAUUAUAGAAAUUCAUAAUAAUUUUGGUAUGAAUUAGGUUUGGUCUUUAAAAAUUGUAGAAAAUAUAAUAGUAAUCCAGAAGGAGAAAUAAGAAAAUUAGGUGAUGCACUUGGUGAAUGUGCACUUAUUCUUUAUUAUUAAUGGUAUGAAUAUACAAAUUAAAAAUAUUAAUUAUUGCUUAAAUUAAAGAAAUGUGAAGAAGAUGAAGAAUAUAAAUAAUAAAUAAUAUCAGAAAUUGGAAAAGAAAAAUUAGAAGAAGAAAUUAAUUAAGAAAAAAUUCAAUUAUUAGGUGAUAUUGAAUUAUGGAAUCCAGGAUAAUAAAAUUAUUAAUGGUUUGAAGAUGAUACUAAUUUUUAACCUAAACUUACUAUUGAAAGAUAAGUUGAUCUAUUUUAAAAUCAUGAACAAUUAUAUCUUGUUAAAUGGAAGAAUUUAUCAUAUCUAUAAGCAACUUGGGAAUUCAUUACUGGAUUUCCUAAUUCAUAAGCUAAAUUGUUUGAAUUUCGUACAUUUACAAGAUCAUUAGAUAAAGAUAGUAGAUAAUUAUAAAUCUAAAAUUGUAGAAGACAUAAAUAAGUUUUAGAUUAUGAUUAAAAAAAGAAAAAUCGAAUAUCUUAAUAAGAGAUUUUAGACUUAAAGACUCAACUUUAUCAAUUAGAUAUUGGUAAAAAUAAAAAACCUUAUCAAUAUACACCAAGAACUUAGACUAUUUAUAAAGAUAGAAAAUUAUUGAGAGAUUAUUAAUUAGAAUCUUUGAAUUGGAUGAUUGAUGCUUAUUAUAAUAAUAGAAAUGUACUUUUGGCUGAUGAGAUGGGAUUAGGAAAAACUAUUUAAUCAAUAGCAUUCUUAAAUCAUUUAGUUUCAAUGGAAUCAUGUCGUGGUCCAUUUCUAAUUAUAGCCCCAUUAUCAACUCUAUAACAUUGGAAAAGAUCUUGUGAAGAUUGGACAUCAUUAAAUGCUGUUCUUUAUUAUGAUCAAUAAGGUUAACCAGGAAGAUAAGCUAUAAGAGAUUAUGAAUGGUUCUAUACUGAUAUUUCUCUUAAAGGAAAUACUUUACCAUCUUAAGAAUUAUAUAAAUUUUAAAUAUUGAUAACAUCCUUUGAAGUUUUCAAUUAAGAUCAUUCAACUUAUAUCUAAUAAAUACCAUUUCAAUUUAUUAUAGUAGAUGAAGCACAUCGAUUAAAGAAUUAGAAUGCAAAAAUAUUAGCUAGUCUUAAAAGAUUAGUAUGUUCAAGAAUUAUGAUUCUAACAGGUACUCCAGUUCAAAAUAAUCCAGAAGAAUUAUGGAGUUUGCUUAAUUUUAUAGAACCAUAUUAAUUUCCAAGUUUAAACUAAUUUAAAUCAUAAUUUGGAGAUUUGAAUACUGCAGAAUAAAUAGAGAAAUUAAAUAAAACAUUAAAACCAUAUAUUUUAAGAAGAUAAAAGGAAGAUGUCGAAUAAUCAAUUCCACCAUUAUAAGAGAAUAUUAUAGAUGUAGAAUUAACAAAUGUUUAGAAAACAUUAUAUAGAGCAUUAUAUGAAAGAAAUAAAUCUGCAUUAAUUUAAGGUUUCUCAUAAUAGACAGCUUAGAUAGCAUCACUUAAUAAUUUGGAUAUGCAUUUACGUAAAUUGUGUAAUCAUCCAUUAUUGUUGAAGGAGAUGCACUCUGAUAUAUUAGAGAAAAGUAAAGGAAAUGAGGGAGAAUAUUAAAAGAUAUUAAUAGAAUAUUCUGGUAAAAUGGUAUUACUUGAUAAGAUGUUAAAGAAGUUCUUAAAAGAAGAUAAGAAAAUGUUAAUAUUUUCUUAAUUUACAAAUAUGUUAGCAUUAUUAGAAGAGUAUUUAUAAUUUAAUUAAAUCAAAUAUGAAAAGAUAACAGGAGAUAUUAAAUAAAUUGAUAGAUAAAAUGCUAUAGAUAGAUUUAAUGAUUAAAAGAAAGGAAGAUAAGUAUUUCUACUUUCAACUAAAGCAGGUGGUUAAGGUAUUAAUUUAACAGCUGCUGAAAUUGUUGUUAUAUUUGAUAGUGAUUGGAAUCCACAAAAUGAUAUUUAAGCAACAGCAAGAGCUCAUAGAAUUGGAUAAGAUAAAUAAGUUACUGUAUAUAGAUUUAUUACAAAAAAUACUUAUGAAGCCAAAAUGUUUGAAAGAGCAUUUGCUAAAUUAGGUUUAGAUUAGGCUAUAUUUAUGAAUGGUGAAUUUAAGUCAGCUAAUUUAAAUUAAGCUAAUAGUGUUGUAAAUCCGAAUCCAGAUUAAAAUAAUAGGAAAUUAAGUAAAAAAGAAUUGGAAAUAUUAUUAAAGUAAGGAUCAUUAGGAUUACUUGAACAUUUUGGAUAAGAAUCAAUUGAUUAAAAUAUUGAUGAUAUUUUAAAUAAUACAAGAGUUGCUAAAUAUUCUUUAAUAAAUGGUGCAUAUACUAUAAGCAAACAAACAUAUGUUCCAGAUUAGGCUAAUUAAUAAAUUGAUAUUGAUGAUCCAAAUUUUUGGUAGAAAGUACUUAAAAAUUAAGAAUCUAAAUCAUAAAAGAUUCUUAAAAAACUUUAAGAUGAUUUAAAUAUUAAAACAUUUUAAUAAUAAAAAGAAAUUAUGUUAGAGAGUUCAGAAUGUGUUAAUAAUAUUAUUUAAUCUAAAUUAAGUAGAGAAGGAUAUGAUGCAGAUGAAGAGAAUACAAUAUUGGAUAUAUUAAAUUUAAUUGAAUUUAGUAAAUUUUUUGAAAAAGAUUUUAAAAAUCUAGCUAAUAGUUGGAUUAUUGAAUUAAGUAAACCAUCAAGAAGAUUUAAAAAAAUAACAGAAAGUGAUUUAAUGAUUAAUACUGCUCCCAUCUCAUAAUAAAUUAUAGAAACACCUAAACCUUAAAAGAAUUUUGAAUUAAAUUGGUCUGAAUAUGAAGAAUAUAAAAAAUUGUAAAGUAAAUCUAGUUAAGAGUAAUAAUAUUAUUAUAAUUUAAUAGUCUAUAAAUUAGAUUAUGUGCAAUUUGUGAAAAGUAGAAAUGUGAUAUGUUUUGUAGAGGAUUCUGUAGAAGACAAUUUCAUAAAGAAUGUUUAGAAGGUGGAUAAUAUAAUGGAUAAACAUAAGGGGAAAUUAAUAUUAAAUAUUUAUGUCAAGAUUGUGAAAAAUAUAAAGGAACUUGUUUUGUUUGUUUAAAAUAAGGAACAUUCUAUCCAAAUCUAUCAAAAAAGAAAACUUAAUAAGAUAAAUAAUUUAUUGAUGAUGAUGGUUAUUAUGAUAAUCAAGGAGAAGUAUAUUAAUUAUAUAAUAUUUUAGUAAAUUAUUGUUACUACUGGAAAGAUCACUAGAGCAAGAGCAUAAUAAUAAUUAUAAUAAUAAUUAUCAGAAUUGGUUAAAUGCAGUUUAAAUUGUCAUAAAUUAUAUCAUUUUGCUUGUGUUUAAACUAGCAAGAAUUUUAAAAUUUUAGAUGGAGAACGUUAAAAAUUUAAAUGUGCUCUUCAUUUUUGUGAAAAAUGCAAAGAUAGUAAUAAUUUAUUAUAUAUUUAAUUAGAAUCUAAUGAUGAUAAUUAAAAAAUGAUAUAAUGUUUGAGAUGUCCUAAAAGUUAUCAUGAAAAAUGUGCUCCUAAAGGAAUAAGAAAAGUUACUAAGAAAUUUGUUAUCUGUCCUGCUCAUAAAGAAGAACUUAUCUAACCUAUCAUUAAGAAAAAGGUAAAAAUAGAACCUACAUAAUCUACUCAACUUACAAGAAAAUUAAAAAAAAUAAAUAAUGGAUCUGAUGUUGAAUAAUGAA